GGCAUGGUGGACGAGUGGGUGUAAAGCGCAAGAGCGACGAUUCACAGGACGAUUCGUCAGUUGUGUUUGAACAAAUCCCGCAAAAAUCGCCAAGCACCGGAAGUUCGGCAUUUGCUGGCAUUCUCGAUUGUACAAAGAAGCUUUUUGGCAUUUUGCCUGUUUGCAUCAGCCAUGGCCCAACCAACUGGAACCGAUUUGGCCCUUCAAGCCGUUUCCCAAGGUGCUCAUUUGUUCUCGACUAAUUUCGUCAAGACGGUUGCACAAGAACAAGAAGGCAAUUUGAUAUGUUCUCCCUUGAGUGCCAACAUCGCCUUAAGUAUGGCUGCUAACGGCGCUGCUGGAACUACCGAAGCACAAUUUAAAGAUGUUCUCAAAUUACCAUCCACGAAAACACAGACUUUAGAAGGCUAUCAGAAUCUCAUUGAUAAAUUGAAUGAUGUUAAAAAUGUUACUUUAAAAUUAGCUAACAAGCUAUUUGUCGGCAAAGAUUUCCCGGUGAAAUCUGAAUACAAGCAGGAUCUUCAGACGUACUAUCAUUCUGAUAUUCAGACGGUAGACUUCACUAAAAAGGAAGAAGCCGCGGGUACCAUUAAUACCUGGUGCAAGGAAAAGACUAACAAUCGCAUCGACAACAUCAUUCAACCCAAUGAAGUGGAUCCUUCCACUGCACUGGUGCUGGCAAACGCAGUAUACUUCAAAGGCAAAUGGGCUAAAGAAUUUGAUCCUAAAGCUACCACAGAUCAUCCAUUCCAUAUUGAUGCCAACACCGUAAAGCAAGUUCCUACCAUGUACAGAAAGGGCAACUACAAAUACGCCGAAUUACCGGAAUACGAUGCUAAAUGUAUCGAACUGCCAUACGCGGAUAAAGACAUCAGCAUGGUGAUUAUCCUACCCAAUAAAAUCGACGGUCUCGCUGCGCUGACUGAGAAACUUGAAUUAGUUAGCGCGGAAUGCAGCACUCGUCUUGCCCAAACAUACGAACGAGAAGUUCAAGUGUAUCUGCCCAAGUUCAAGACCGAGACUAAGUUGGAUCUUGGAAAUACAUUAUCUCAGAAGAUGGGUCUUUCUGAGCCAUUCAGCAAUGGCGCCAAUUUUAAUGGCAUCUCCAAUGUACCUUUGAAAAUUGAUAAAGUCGUGCAGAAGGCUUUCAUCGAGGUUAAUGAGGAGGGUAGCGAGGCGGCCGCCGUCACUGGAAUCACGAUCUUCAAAAUGAUGAUCUAUCAACUCUUCGCGAUCGAUCGUCCAUUUUUCUAUAAUAUCAUCAAAUUAGUCGAUGGGGAAGCGCCUUUGUUGCUCUUUAAUGGACGUAUCAUCGAUCCGCAAUAACAUUCUUUCCAACGUGCUCUAUCAUUAUUAUUAUCAAAUAAUGUUAUCAAUAUUCAAAUAUUCUGUGAGAGCUUUCAACAAUCUUCUGAUGAAUUCAAUAGAAAAUUUAUUUCAAUUCGUCGUACCUUUGAACUUGACUGCAACGCAUCAAGUACUACUAACUUAGCUUUAUAAGUUGAUUUAAAUAUAUACGAGGGUAAUUGAAUUAAAAUUAAUCAGUUGACGAAAUCAAUCAGAAGUAUCGUCAUUGAUUUAUUAUUGAUACUCAAUUAUUAAAGGAGUUAAAGAGAAAAAUAAAAACAUAAUAAAUAACACAAUCAAACAGUUGCAUCGCAUUGAGAGAGGGAUGUCUAAAAAAUAUUCAACCAUAAAGUUGAAAUUCAUUAAUGCUGCAUGUAUGGGAUAAAUAAAAAAAAAAA